UUAGAGGUGAGCUAUGGAUUACUUUGCACAAGGAGAUCAAAAAGUGUAUUCUGAUGAUAAAGAAGAAGAGGAAGAAGAGCAAGAAGAAGACAAGAACCGCACAAGUAACAGUGAGUACUUAUCUCCUUACAAUUAUCGGUCAUCAUCAUCAUCCUCCCAAACCGCUGAAGCCAUAAACUUCAUGGACUUGUCACUAAGAAAUGCGAAAGACGAUGACAACAACAGCAACACCACCAACAACAACAACGAUUGGCCUCCAAACAGUGAGCGAGAGCACAUGUUUGAUAAAGUUGUUACGCCAAGUGAUGUGGGCAAGCUAAACCGUUUAGUGAUCCCAAAACAACAUGCUGAGAAGUACUUCCCGCUCAAUUCGUCCACCAAUGAGAAGGGCCUGUUACUUAACUUCCAGGACCGGACUGGGAAGCCUUGGCGGUUCAGGUACUCUUACUGGAACAGUAGCCAAAGCUAUGUGAUGACCAAAGGAUGGAGCCGGUUUGUCAAAGACAAGAAGCUUGAUGCCGGUGACAUUGUGUCGUUUGAGAGGAGUGUAAGGGACUCGAAUGUCUUGUACAUUGACUGGAGACGCCGCCCUCCGCCUCCUCUACCACCUAAUCAAGCAUCUAUCUGGGGAGGAGGAGCGCGGUUUUACUCGCUGCAGCGGACUCCAUCAAUGUCAAUGCCUCUGCGGCAUCAGGAGCACUUUCAUUACAACAUUCACCAUCCAUAUCAUCACGAGUAUCAGUAUCAUCAGAUGAACCCCUACCAAUUACAGCAGCAGAAGCAACAACAGUACUACCACUACAGCGGAAUUAGCCCCGCCGUGGUGAUUGAUUCAGUGCCUCUGAUCCAACAUCAUCCCCAUCACCAUGGUAAAACUACGAGUCCUACUACUAACAAACGGCUCAGGCUGUUUGGUGUGAACAUGGAGUGCAGUCCAAUGCAAGAAGAUGAACCAGAACAAUGUCAGAUAUUGUCUUCCACGGUAGCUUCGCUCUCACCACAUCAACAUCAUCACCUUCCAUCUUCUUCUCUUUCUCAACCUCUGGAGUUAAGGCUGCCCAAUUAUGGUGCCCCACUGCCCGGUGCAGCUGAUCAUCUGCUUUCUGAAAAGGGAAAAUCUACUUCCUUGUCGUUUUAUUUGGAUCCCUAACCUGCAUU